ACUUGAGCGUAUUUCGGACACUUUGGAAAGUGACGCCAUCUUUGUUGAACAUAAUAUAAUAUAAUUUGAUUUUCCGUUGGGGGCGUAUCUCUUCCUGUCCCAGAGAUGCUAAUGCUGUUGAGUUGGAGAGAAGACAAAAAACACACACACAAACACACAAAAACAAAACCUGCAAAGGAAAGUCUACUGCAACUCUCAGGUUGCACAUCGCUGCCCAGAUGUCUUUAGCACCAGUGCUGAGUCCAACAGUCCCACUCUCCAAUGGUCUGCAGAUUCCAAUAUUUGGAUUAGGCACAUCACAUUUUGGCGGAUACUCUCAUGAUUCCGUUGUGUAUGCACUCACUGAAUGUGGCGUGCGUCACAUUGACACAGCAAAGCGCUACGGCUGCGAGGAGAAACUGGGUAAAGCUAUCAGAGAGAGUGGGAUACCACGAAGUGAUCUGUGGCUGACCAAUAAACUGUGGCGAGGGGACUACGGGUACAAAGCCGCAAAGAAGGCCUGCCUUGAAUCCUGCUCACAGAUGGGGGUGGACUAUUUUGAUCUGUACCUGGUGCACUGGCCAGAGCCAUUGCAACCUGGUAGCUCCAACAGGGAGAUGAGAGCUGAGACCUGGAGAGCUUUGGAGGAACUUUAUAAAGAAGGGGUGUGCCGUGCUAUUGGAGUGAGCAACUUUCUGGUCCACCACCUGGAACAGUUAAAGGAAGACUGCAGUGUAGUGCCACAUGUGAAUCAGAUGGAGUACCAUCCUUUUCAGCAGUCCAAUCACCUGAAAGAUUACUGUCAUCGGGAGGGAAUUGUGUUUGAAGGGUACAGUCCCUUGGCCAAGGGUCAAGUCUUCAGCGAGCCAACCAUUCUCCAGAUAGCAGAAAAGUACAGACGCACACCUGCUCAGAUCUGCAUCCGCUGGAGUAUUCAGAAUGGAGUUGUCACGAUACCAAAAUCAGUGAAAAGGAAGAGGAUACAAGAAAAUUGUCAAGUGUUUGGUUUCCAGCUGGAGGAGUCAGACAUGGCCACUUUGAGUGGACUGCAUGAUGAGAGACACGUGACUUGGGAUCCAACAAAUGUAGAAUAAUGACUAGUUUUGUCAGUAACCGUUAGCGGAAGAAGUAAAACGAUUUUAAUUUUGUGUUUGUUCAUUACACUUUGUGCGCCACCGUUUGCCUGGAAGGAGACUAUGGUGUGAAGCUUAUUCGUCUCCUUACUUUGUGCCUUACUUUAUAGAAAGCUAUAUUUUUAUAAUGCAAACACAACUUAAUAUUACCAGCAUAUGUGACAGAAAAGAUGUUGACAAAGGUUAUGAAUGUUUUUGCAGAUUUUUCAGUAUUUCCUAAAUCUUAAUCUUAAAGGCUUUACCAGAGAUUUGCAUAAAAUGAGAGUAAACGGUAGAUUUGGGACCGUUCCAAUCCAAUAUUACUACCGGCAGAUAUGCAAAUUCCAGAAUCGGAUCGGAAUAAAAAGUGGAUCGGUGCAUCUCUACAAAAUAGGCAGGGGACUUAAAACGUACCUAUUCUUUUACAUUAAAAUGUUUGGGUGCAUGCCUGUAUCUAUAGGUGUUGGAAAGAUAUGCGUGAUUACAUGUAUGUUAUGUUCAGUAUUAUAAUUUCUUCUCUUUUGGAUGGGCCCGGUGGGUAAAGAUAGUAAAGACUGUUUUGGGAUGGGAAGGUCAAAAAUGACUUUCAUAAGAGCUUUUCAUCCUCAUCAGUUAUCUCUUGACUAAGAAGGUGUUUUUUUUGUUUUUUUUUUGUUUUUUUUUUGUUUUUUGCACCUAGACUAUUAAAAUGCACUGUUUACAUGCCUUAGUAGAGAAUCUUCAGUUGCUCAGAAUUCUGCUCAAAUUUUAACUAAUACCAAUCAUAGGUCCCAUAUCACUUCAUUGAGCUUUGGACUAAGUUCACGAUUCUCAAGCCUUUCCUCACCAGUGCUCCUUAUGUCAAGGCUGGUGACUAAGAAUGAUCAAGCUUUUGCCAUCAUGUCCCCUAGGAACUGUCUGCCUGAGGAGAUCAGGCUUGCCAGUACAUUACCUCUUUUAAAUCAUUGCAUAAAACAUAUCUUUACAGGAAAGCAUUUUUUUGAUGGCUGAUUUGUAACUUCGGUGUUGUGUAUUUUCUUUUGUUCUCAUUUUGUAACUAUAAUUAUUAUUAUUGUAACUACUGUUUUGUAUGGUUACUCAUCUGUUAUCUUUCUUUUAUUCUCAUGUUUUGUGAAUCAUUGUGUAAGCUUUUUUAUGAUGAUGGUUUUCAGCCACUGCAAGCUUUAAAAAAUGGCUUCACUUUAAA